AUGACCGAAGAUUUUACCAUGGAUGAGGAUAUUGCGACCUUCGCCUUGGGCGAUAAAAACACCUCCGGAGAUCUGGUCGAUGCUUUGGAGAAGCAAACUCUCAACGAUAAAGAUUCAAAGAAGCCGAAGACUCAGACCAAGACCUUUAAGAAGCGGCCGAUCACAGUAGCUCCGCUGAAAGCCAAUGCUCCGUUUGUUAGCACCACGAUUAGUCCCGCCAAUAUUGUUGCCUUCAAGGGAAAAGAGGACUAUUUGAGCACUUUCUACAAGGUUAGUUUGUUUUUUAUGUUCUUUGUUUCUUGGUUUAGAUUAGAAGAGAGGUGUCUGUCAAUUAGCGCAAGGAUUUUGGGGGUCAUGCUCCUUUUAUAUUGUACUAGGCACCUGAAUUAGAAUUUUUGAUGGUUUGAAAUCAUUUUGUGAGUAAACUACAAACUUUGGCAUGUCUUAGAGCGUAAUUUAUGUGUUGAAUGCGACAGAAUGUUAAAAAUAUACAAAACAAACAGCUUUUGAUAUAUGUUUUGUGUUGCACUAGACAUCGAAUGUCACCUUUAAAGUUUUAUGGUUUUCUGCUAAAUUUUUUGAAUUUCAGUCUGAAAUCGAGAUCGGUGGAAUCUACUACCCAUCCGUUGAGCAAUAUUACCAAGCCACGAAGAUCUACAGUCUUUGCGGUCCCCAUGCAGCUAGUCGCCUUCAGACCUGCCGAUUUCCCCACGAAGCCAAGUCCAGAGCCAAAGAAAUCCUACGUCGAGGCAAUGUCAGCUUCCGCAAUGUCGAAGCGUGGAAAGCGUCGCAAGGUGUCAGUGUGCUUCUCUACGCUAAUGCCCUCAAAUUUCUGCAGAACCCGAAAUUGAUGGACAAAUUGCGGGAAACGGGGGAUAAAUUGCUGGUUCAAGUUUAUGAGGGCGACAAUUUGUACGCCUGCGGAAUGAAUGCUGAGGAUUUGACAAAAUGGGCAAAGGAAAACGAGGGAAAGACUUUGAAUGUAAGAUAGCUUUUUUGCUUUUUUAUUCUAAUUUUAGUAUCCAUACCACCUGAAAGCCGACACAAUCACAAUGUUCCCAGUGAUCGGCGAGGGUCGAAACCUUUCGGGAAUGGUGUUGAUGAAAGUCCGCUCGGUCCUCAAGGACUACCCCAAGGAACAAUUGAAGGACAAGGCGACGCAGGCCGCGAUCUUGGCCAAAAUCAUCAAUUGA